CUCAUUGACAUAUAGCGCGUGCGUGUGCGGGCGUGAGUGCGAGGAGAGGACGUGGUGAUGUGUCGAUGAAGGGAGGAGGCAGAGUAGGGGGAAGGAGAAGGGAAAGGACGCAGAGAAUACUGCGCUGAGUGCGCGCUUUGGGCGUCUGGGAGGGGAACAGGUUAGUCUAGCAAAGCCACGCAUUCACGCGGGCGAUGGUGACGUAGAUCUUGAUUGCAGCAUCGUAGGCCCGCUGGUGACGUUGAGAAGUGUGUGAUGGUGAGAAAAGGUAGGAAGGAUGAUUGUCGUCGCGACUGAAGAGAAAGACUGGGAGCGGAGCCGCGGGCCAAGACAGGCGGGCCACUGCAUCAAACGGACCGGAACGGCAGAUUGGACUGACGCGGCCAUCUCGUGUGGAGCGACUCAGGCUUCGCAGGUUGGCUACUGUUGAUCUCGUCCUUCCCGCCAUCAUCAGCAUACAGUAGCGGCAGCAGUAGCAGCCAUGCCAUCAACUACGGCGGAGACGCUAGCUCUCGCGCAAACGCAGGUGAUCGUCCACCCGCUCGUCCUACUCUCAGUAACAGACCAUGCAUCACGUUCCGCCUCUGGCACUCGCAAACGCGUCGUAGGUGUGCUUCUCGGUCAAGAUCUCGGCGACAAAGUCAAUGUAGCGAACUCCUUUGCCGUCCCCUUCGAGGAGGAUGAGAAGGACAGCAAGACGUGGUUCCUCGAUGCCGACUACAUUGAGUUCAUGGUCGCCAUGUUCAAAAAGGUCAAUGCUUCGGAGAAGAUCGUCGGAUGGUACCAUACAGGGCCGAGACUGAGGUCGUCAGACCUGGAGAUCAACGAGGUAUUCAAGCGCUUCAUCCCGCGACCCUGCAUGGUCAUCGUCGACCCGCGUCAGAGGGACACUGGCAUUCCCACUGACGCAUACAUCGCGGUUGAGGAGAUCAAGGACGACGGUACCGCAGCUGAGAAGACGUUCACUCACGUACCCUCGAGCAUUGAAGCAGAGGAGGCAGAAGAGAUCGGUGUCGAACACCUCCUUCGCGACAUCCGCGAUACAACGCAAGUAGGCACAUUGUCAGAGCGAGUGGGCAACCAGGUUGACUCGCUCAAGGGAUUGCACUCGAGGCUGGGAGAGAUCGCCUCGUAUCUGGACGACGUCAUUGCGGGCAAGCUGCCGCUCAACCACCAAAUUGUGUACAAACUGCAGGACUGCUUCAACCUACUGCCGGACUUGGAGGGGGAGGAAAUGAAGCGGGCAAUGAGUCAUGCGCAGAACGAUCAGAGCCUGGUGGUGUACUUGUCGAGCUUGAUCAGGGGAGUAGUCGCGUUGCAUGCGCUGGUGGACAACCGCAAGGCAAACGCAGAGGAGACAGGGGAGGCGCAAGAGGCGAGCGCAAAUGGCAAGGAUAUGGGGGACAAGACGGUCAAUGGAGAAAAGGCAGGAGAGGACGAGAUGAAGGCAGGCGGUAAGGAGGGCAAGUCAGAUGGAGGAAAGGGCGAGAAGAGAGAUAAGUGAGGGCUCUGUCAGGCUCGAAUGAAAAACCACGAUAACCAGCAUGCUCGCUCGGCUUGCAUGAUUGCAAAGCAUGUGUUUAUAUAGGU